GUUCUUAAAUACGAAGUUCUUGUGUUUUCUCUUUAUUUUAUAGUCUUUCUUUGUCUUUUCAUAUCAAUGGAAUGUUACCCUUAUAGGUACUUUGGCUAUAAAGAACGUGUUUUGUGCUUUACAGACGAGAGCAACUUUCCUGAAUUCCACACUCCCUACGAAUACGACUGACGACCCAACCACGACCACUGCGGUCACAAGCGCUCUUCCGUAGAGUUUCGAGCUUGGAAUUAAUGCGAGGCCCACGAGCCGUUGCGCCGGCGCUUGGUCACCGCAGCGCCUCAACCGGACGCUCCAGCGCGGAUCGUGGAGGUCGCCAACCCACCACACGAUGGCUACGCGCCCCGGUGCCACGACGGCGUUCAAUCCCCUGAAGCGCAAACGAACACCACCCGGCCAGACGCGAAUCGAAGUUCGUCUCCCGUCAAAACCUCGAGAUUAUGUUCCUGGGACCGGGCCCCCGCUGCAGCGCAUCGACCUGCUCCCGGCGCGAGACUCGACCGCGUACAUUGUCGAACGCAUCAUGCUUCCCUCGCCUGGACUCGCUGCCGAUGGACUGCCGCUGCCGAAGCGCAUGACCUACGUAGUGGGCUGGUCUGACCUCCGCGCAGCAUGCUUGCUGGUUCCGGCCAUGCAGGUGCUCGACUAUGUGUCUCCGAUGGCCCUCGAGGAGUGGGAAUAUCAGAUGGAGCUGGAGCUGGACGAGGAGCGCGCGAGGAUGGAAAAGGAGAGGAAGGAAAGGACGGAAAAGAAUGCGAAGCCAAAGAGACGCGGGAGGCCACCUGCCCACACCCAGAUCGAAGCUUCGGCUGUUGCGGCGCCGCAAAACCACGCGAUGAAGACUGGACGGCCGAAGAAGGGUGCUAUGAGCAUAACGACACCGACCAAGACGAGGCUAAAGGAGUUCGAGGGGCUGUCGGACGAGGAGGCAAGUCCAUCUAGGCAACUGGAACGGGAACAUCUGGGGUCGUUGCAGGUUACUGCCGAAAGCGAUCUGGAUGAAGUGGACAUGGUCAUUUACAAACGCGACUUUGAGGAUUUGCGGGACAAACCCCAACUAAAGGCAAUCAGCAAGAAACCUCCCGAUUCUCGUUCCUUUAGUGGUUUUGGUGUUCAAAGCAACCGAAACUUGCCGCCAAAUCAGCCAUUUAGACCGUUUACCUCGACUGGGAUUGCAGCUCAGCAAUCCACGCCCAAAACCGCGCCAGUCGCUCCAGGCUCAACUGCCAAGAAGAAGGAAACUCCAGUUCCCCUUCCUUGGAUCCCCGCAAUCCGCCCGUCACAAAAUGGGUCUUCUCCAGCGAUCGAGCGAAUGCCAUCAUUCACCCCCCUUGGCGGCGUAGCAACCUUCGCAUCUUUAGAAUCUCGGUCACCUAAUCCAGUAACACCCUCUGCGGCACCUACCACCAAACUUAAACUUAAAUCGAAACCACCGGACUCGGCAAAGAAGCCGAAAAGGGAGACGAAAAAGACCUCCAAAACAGCUCUUUCGUCAGAAGAAAAUUCAGCAGCAGCGCCGCAACCUACCGCCGAACCAGUCUGGGAAGUCAAGCGCGUCGAAGCCACCGAGCUCUUCGAGGUCGAGAAUGUCGGUCUGGUACGAUACUUCCAGGUCCUGUGGGAGGGCGACUGGCCGCCUGAGCAGAAUCCCUCGUGGGAACCCGAAGCCAACUUGCCCCCAGCGCUGGUCCGCAACUUUAUGAACAAGGUGAAGAAAAAACCCGCCCCGCAGAAGAAGAAGCCCCUGAAGCAGAGCACGCUCCCUUGGGCCCCAGAGAAGCUGUACAAGAGCGUCAGCGAGGCGUUUGAGGGCGGCGAAGACAACCCGGAUCUGCUGGGCCUCACGAUAGAAGAUGCGCACGUGGCCACUGAUGGUGACGGUGACGGCUCGGAGGAGUUGUUCGUGGUGGAGGAACCGCCGGCCAAGAAGGCCCGCAAACAAGGAGCACUGGGAUGGAACGGGAACAGGAACGAAGCCGCCAUAGAGUCUGGGAUUCUUCCGGCCUACCACUGAGCGUAGGAUAGAUGACUUCUUUUUGGCCCAGGACGCAUCAGAAGGAUACGAAGGGGGUGUUGCGGGCAUCAGCUUAGAGAUAUUUGGUCAUAGAUUCUUCAUCUUUGUCUACGGUCGCGCUUCAGAGAUUUCAUCGGGUGUCGGUGUGGGAAGGCAUUCAUAAAGGGAGAGCAGUCAAGAUACCCAAUUCAUUACAAGUUAAAGUG